GCGGCCGUCGUCGAGGGCACACCCUGCAGUGUUUGGUGGCGAGCUAUUUUUCCGCCAGAAAAAAAGAGAAAAAUAGAUCGAACGGGGGGAAAAAAGAACACCUUUCGGCACUUUGUUGCGACACCGUGGGGAAUUUCCUCUCACUGAAUCGAACGAAAAGCAGACCGGCGAUGAUAUUUUAAGCAAGAAGAUCGUCUUGCACUUUGUCCGAGGAAGUUCAUUGAACUGAAACGACAAACAUGCUGUCCGCUAGGGUCUUGUCCUUCUUGACGGCGGCACUCGCCCUGAGAUCAGUCGAAAGCAAAAUCUGUGAUGGAUUCUACGCAAAUGGCAUUGAGGAUGACGAAAGUGGAGUCCAUUGGCUUUCCUGCCCCCAGGACGACCAACCCUUUUACUACACCGAGUGCUGCGCCUCCAACCAAACCCUUCGAUGUUGUCCCCACGGUUCCUUCAUCCAAUAUUUCGACGAGCAGGUCGUCAUGAUUGUGAGCAUUGUUGUUAUCUCGAUUUGUGUUUUGCUGAUCGUCCUCACCCUCGUUUGCUGCUUUUCGAGCAACUGCCCUAUGUACAAUUUAUGCAGAGUCAAUUACACUCAAGGCGGAGUCGUAGCUUACUCCAAGGAGGAGGAGCCGCUAACGGGCCACCCUCAAGACGAACCGGAGCAAAAAAGCUACAUCCCAAGUUCAGCUAUCAAAAUCAAGCACAUGGAUGAAGUUUAACUCAACUGGAAAAUUUAGGGAGUGAUUUUUAUUGAUUUUAAUGAGCACCGAUUUGUCUGCUAGUCUGCACCUCUCUACGAAGACUAUAAAUUGUUUUAAUUAAUUUUGCUUAGGUAGCUUGUUAAUGGCACUUAUUUUUAUGGAUGUUGCAUCUUUACCUCACACUAGUAGUUUAUUAAUUUAAAAAUUUGAUUUAGCCUUUUUCCUUGGGCUGUGACUGAGUGUCAAAAAUGGCAGGAUCACAAUUUUAUUAUUUUACCGAGCAGCGCUUACUUAAACUGACUUCUUUUUUGUUAGCUCAGUGGUUGUUUUUUACAAUUUGUUAAUUAACCAUAUCGAUACAUUGGUACAAAUUGAAGCAUUUAGUUUUUUAACCUAAUCUCUUUGAAGUUAUUUUAGUGGUUAAAUUGAAUUCUGUUGUUGAUCAAUGGUUGAGAAGAUGAUUAUGUAUUUCAGCGGCCUUUUGUACUUAUCUGUCCCGGUCAAUGUUUCUGACGAACACAAAAAUAAAACUGUGCAUUAAAAUACUCUCACAAUCAAAACAAAAGUUCUGAAAAACUCAAAUAUUGCUAUAGCUGAAUUAGAUGUAUUGACGUAUGAUUCACAUUAGAUGAAAUAGCUAACCAUUUUAAAUGUUCAGUGGUAGGGAACCUACAAUUAGUAGUUUGUAAGUGAAUAGAUGACAAAUUUUCUAAUUUGACAGAACCAAUAUUGUCCGUCCUUUGGGACUCCAAAAAUGCUUUUUAUACUUCGCAAUUUAAAUUGGUAAACUUAAAACCUCUCUGUACAAAGUUAAUUAAUUACUGAAUUGUUAACCAAUUUAAUAAUUGUGAGCAAGAUUUUGGGAAUGAAAUUUUCCGUGCCUCAUUUUUAAUCAAAUGACCAUAUUUUAUUAAUUCUAAAUACUCUUGUAAUGAAAACUUUGCAAACUUUUACGCAUCUCAAGCCUUUAAAUGUUGCACCUUAUUUUAAUAACAAUUAAACUGGUAACAAUGUUUAAGCCUUUGUGUUUUAAAAGAACUUUGGCAAUUUUAACAUGGAAUGGAUACUUGAUAUGGAAAUUAAGAAAAUUAUUUUCUGGAUGUUCACGCACAAUGACUGCCUUAUUUCCAACACUUUGUUCUGAUCUGAAUCAUUGAAUAAAGAGAAACUGAAA